GCCUCUGUGCGGACCUUCUGAAAUUUACACAAAUCUCCCCGAUGCGUUCGCGCAUUCCGUCGACUGUUAUCCACCGUGUCCGAUUAGUAUUUGUGGUUUGCUCUGAACCGGAAGACCUCAAAAGAAUUCAAAGUUCGCAAAGAGGUGACAUUAGGCUGCUCCACACUCGACUUCAUUGAAUGAGGUUCCCCCCCCCCAAAAAAAAAAAAAAAAAAAUUAGCAUUUGUUUUGGUUCGAUACCCACACCAUAUUAAAACACCCCCCAACUUUCAGCCAGGAGCGGUUUUGGACCCAGUCACAUUUAUCUGCAGGUUAACGGUGACGAGCUGGCGCAGGUCGUGGGUUGUCCGUGGAUAAUGCGAGACAGUGGCGGGAGCCUGGCCCAGAACUGCUGGCAGGGAGACCUGGGCCUGACCGCUGUGGGGCAGGACGACACAGGGGGAGGUGGGAUUCCUGGAGACCACCUCAUAGUCCCAGUGUCAGGUCACAGUGUGCCCAGCCCCAUGCACCUCCGACUGGGCCAGAAAGAGAAAGUUUGGACACGCGAGUAUCCAGAUGAGGAGGAUGAGGAUGGGAUGGGUGGGAUUGAGGCAAUAGGUGACGAGGAAGAAGAAAACAAUUUGGAUGGAGAGGACAAAGGUGAAUUUGAGGGUAAGGAUUGGGAUAACAAUGAGGAGGAGGAGGAAGAGGAAGAAGAAGAGGAGGAAGAAGAAGAAGAAGAUGGAGACCAAGCAGAGGUGGAGUGGGAGAUCCCUGAGUUUCCCUUCCAGUCCACACAGCACUCUAAUUCACAACAACUUCAACAGUAUGGACCAAAACAGAGGGCAGACAGAUGUGUCGAUGUCACUGUAGAGGAUUCUCUCUCCCAGGCCGAGGCGGGGGACCUGUUCAGGUCCCACCUCAGCAGGUACAGGGCUCUGAGGAGGUUCAGGCGCUGGCAGCGCUUGAGGUCCCACGGAGGGUUGCGGCUCACUCAGCACUGGAAGAGCUGGCGCCAGCGUGCUCAGCGGGUAUGCUUCCUCGGGCAACGGUGGAGUCGGCGGGCGCAAAGCUACAAUCUGUACGGCAAACAGAGGAGGAUAAAAAGGUAUCAGCAAUCGCCAUACAUGGACGGAGAGGAUGACAGCAACAAUGAGAGGUCCACAGAGUCUGACAGAGAUGAGCAGAUAAAUGGCUGCUCUCCAGACAAGCAAGAGGACAGAGGGAGACGGGAAGCCGAGGUCAAACGAGUGGAGCUGGCCCUGACUGAAGAACACAUGAGCUGUGUGACGGGUAUUCUCGAGGAGUCUCUACAGCAGUACGGCAGUUUGAUCCCCAUCCAUGUUGAUGACAUUGUGGACAAGCUUCAGGACAUCUUCAGCGAGAGCUUCUCACAGCCACACAGGAAAGCAGUGGUCCAGCACCUAAUACAAUCCUUCCAGCGCUCGUCAGGAUCGGCCCUGGUUAAAACAUUCAGAGUCAACUACAAACGCCAUGUUCUGACGAUGGAUGACCUGGGCACUCUGUACGGACAGAACUGGCUCAAUGACCAGAUUAUGAACAUGUAUGGUGACCUAGUCAUGGAUUCUGUUCCAGAGAGGGUUCACUUUUUCAACAGCUUCUUUUAUGACAAGUUGAGGACAAAAGGCUAUGAAGGAGUCAAACGGUGGACAAAAAAUGUGGACAUCUUCCAGAAGGAUCUGCUGCUGAUCCCCAUCCACCUCGAGGUUCACUGGUCGCUGGUCAGCGUGGACAUUCCUCGUCGAGCCAUCACUUACUUUGACUCUCAGCGGACACUCAACAGACGCUGCCCAAAGCACAUUUUUAAGUAUCUGCAAGCAGAGGCCAUAAAGAAAGACCAACAAGACUUUUUGACGGGAUGGAAAGGCUUUUUUAAAAUGAAUGUGGGUCGUCAGAACAAUGACAGUGACUGUGGGGCUUUUGUGCUACAGUACUGCAAGUGUCUGGCUCUCGGGCAGCCAUUCAGCUUUGGCCAACAGGACAUGCCCCGGCUGAGGAGGCAAAUGUACAAAGAACUAUGUCACUGCAAACUCAUCCUGUGACCAACCACCCCAACCCGAGGCCCACCAUCUCCACCUGCUCCCACCCCCCAACCAGAUGGAGGGACAAUGACAUAACAAGAAGAGGACAAGGAGAGCAAGUGAUUGACUGGAAAUAGACAAACUUUUCAAAAAAACAUUUUUCUCUGCCAGUAUCCAGAGAAGUUACUUCUACUGUAGGUGAUGUCAUUGUUUUGCUUUUUUUUGUCUCUUUGCUUCCCACUCUGCACCCUUCGAACACUCUGAUUUCAUGUCCACGGUUAUUCCUUUGUGGUUGACAGAGGCCAAGACUAUCUUCCAUUUCAGAAAUGUGCGAAUCUUCCAUCCUAUUGGAGACCAUAAGUAUCUUUCAGUCUGAAUGGGAGUGUGAAAAAGAACAUGGGAGAAAUCUAAAGAACCCAGUCCAGGACCACAGUUAGUCCAACAUGACUGCUACUUUAAUGUCAGAUGGCUGAACAGUAAGUGCAGGGGGUGGUGUGAGUGGACAGCAAAUAACAAUUUGAACCAGUCUGUGUAAGCUUGUUGUGAAAUAGUACCAGUGGAUUUUCAUGGCUUCCAUCCAUCCAAUGCAUCCAUCAAGUUGUGUCCCAUUCCAAAUGUCCAGUGUGAAACUCUUUAAAAACAAGUAGUACUCUCCCCGUGCCACAGCCAAUGUUAUGUUGAAGAUGCUAUCUAUCUAGUCAGUACAUGUUUGCCACUGUAGUGCAAUAUGACAUUUCCAAUGUGUAAUAUUUGUUUAAAAAAAAUCCGACAAGAAGUUUAGAUGGGUUUAAACUGAUGCUGAAAAUGGAACCAUGUUGACACAGCAUGUGAUGAGGGAAAUCAUAAGUAACUCAACAUCUUUGGAACACACCACCUGUUAACCCCUGUGCCAGAAACGUCCUCUGCCUCCGUCACUCUGCCCGUACAGAUAGAACAUCUUCUCAUGGGAGACUGGAUCUGCUUCUGUCCAUCACUCCCCUAAACCAGACUGACAUCGGCCUAAAGAAGGGGUCGCUUUACACAGCAUUUAUCUUUUUCUCUGUGUUUUCUCUCUGUCAAUAAAUGUGUUGAUAUGCUUAUUGCUUUAAACAAAUGGUGUUAAAAGGAGGAUGACUUUUUUGUGUUCUUUCAGUGUAGGUACAAAAGAGAUCCUCUGUCUAGUAUGUCGCCGACAGUUUGAGAGCAGUGUUGGUGUGGACCAUGAACAUUACGCGAUAGACGAAGCAUGUACUCACUGGAGUCGGUGUCCUCCUCUUCUUUUUUUUAUAACAAAAGACAAAUUUGUUGAUGGCUGUUUUGUUUUUUUGUCCUUUUUUUCUGUCUUUUUUUCAAACAGGAGUUGCUGCAAAAGAGUUGACAGUUUUAUAUAUCUUCUACAAUGCAUUAUGGUUGCUAAAAAUAAAAGUAUGUGGCAAACGA